UGACCGGCGAGGAUGUGAGGAGUGACGGUGUCAUGGCUGCCAUGGUAUGAAAUUACCCAGGAUGGACGAGGCUUCGAGUCAGAACCAGCUGGGAGGGAGUGGCGGUCCGGCUGGUGUGGCCACCAGACAGAACCUGGAGGAGGCGACGCAGCGGGUACAGUACUCCAUCCCUGGCAUACUGCACUUCAUACAACAUGAGUGGGCAAGAUUUGAGAUGGAGCGCUCUCAGUGGGAGCUGGAGAGGGCGGAACUUCAGGCUAAGAUUGCGUUUCUUAACGGAGAGAGGAAAGGGCAAGAAAAUCUCAAGAAUGAUCUUGUGAGAAGAAUAAAAAUGCUUGAAUAUGCAUUAAAACAAGAAAGAGCUAAAUAUCACAAGCUUAAAUACGGGACGGACUUAGUACAAGGGGAUAUGAACCCACCUGUUGAAGAGGGUGGUGAGGAAGUACGGGUAGACACCGAUGCUUUACUCUCUACUAAUACCAAUGUAUCAUGGAAGCAAUCAAGACAUUUACUUAGACAGUAUCUUCAAGAGAUCGGGUACACUGAUACAAUUAUAGACUUACGAAGUAAUAGAGUAAGAUCAUUGUUAGGAAUUAGCAGUGGUGAAAAUGAAGAAAACCACAAUAACACUCCAGCUAUGAAUGGCUCAGACACAACCAAACGACAGCCUGACUCCAAUCGAUGGAAUGUUCCCAAAAAGCCACAAUCCACGCUGGAGGCACAGAUACGGGAUGCAGAAAAAGCGGUAAUGGAUAAUUUUGACUUCUUACAAAAUGAAGAAAUGGAACUAGAUGAGGAUGAUGAUGAAGAGGAGCCAGAGGAGGAGGAGGGUGUACAUAGACUUAAAAGUCCAAAAGUGGCUAAAGUGGCUAUUGAAGUUGAUGAUGUGGAUGGGGAGUCCGUGGAACUUGACCACGAGUUUCGAUUCUUGCCUGAAAUGGAGGACACUUCUCCUGGUGUCUUGGGGUUUGGUCCAGGAUCCCGUCGGGCAUAUGUUGGAGGGCCGGGGGGAGAGGAGGAUGCAUUGGAGGGUCUUGGAGAAUUAGCUCAGCUGACAGUAACUAAUGAAGCUGAUGCUACAUACGAUCAGAUAUCAUCAACCAAAGAGAAUUUCCGGAAAACCUGGACAGCCAAAUACACAUUGCGAUCGCACUUUGAUGGAGUGCGAGCACUUUGUUUCCACCCACAAGAACCCACUCUUAUUACUGCUUCUGAAGAUGCUACACUAAAACUCUGGAAUCUUCAAAAAACUGUUCCAGCCAAGAAGUCAGCAUCUUUGGAUGUCGAGCCAGUUUACACCUUUCGUGGUCACCUUGGUCCUGUUCUUUGUUUAGCGAUGAACAGUGAUGGGGAAAAGUGCUAUUCAGGAGGAAUUGAUGGUACCAUACGAAUCUGGAACAUCCCUUCCUCGAAUAUCGAUCCCUAUGAUUCAUACGAGCCAAGUGUUGUAGGAGGAAGUUUAUCUGGUCACACUGAUGCAGUGUGGGGUCUGACCUUCCAUUCUCAGCAGCAGCGUCUUCUCUCAUGUGCGGCAGAUUCUACAGUUAGAUUGUGGUCUGCAGACCCUCGCUCACCACUCAUAUAUACUUAUGCUGUUGAGAAAGAUGGCAUCCCCACUUCUGUGGACUUCGUCUAUGAAUCCAGUAACCAGUUUGUGUGCAGCUUCAACACAGCUAACUGCGUUAUAUUUGACCUGGAGACUGGCAAACCUGUUAUGCGUCUUGACACUGAACCUGAUCAAGGCAGCAAUUCUCUUAACCGACAAAUCAACAGAGUUGUAUCCCACCCUACUCUGCCACUAACCAUCACAGGUCAUGAGGAUCGCCAUAUUAGGUUCUGGGACAACAACAGUGGUCGUUUAGUUCAGUCGAUGGUAGCUCACCUAGACUCUGUUACGUCCUUGGCUGUUGAUCCCAAUGGCCUCUACCUCCUCUCAGGCAGUCACGACUGCAGUAUUCGCUUGUGGCAGCUGGACAGCAAACAGUGCGUACAGGAGAUCACGGCUCACAGGAAGAAAUUUGAUGAGAGUAUAUUUGACGUGGCCUUCCAUCCUAGCAAGCCUUUCAUUGCCAGUGCAGGAGCAGAUGCCCUAGCUAAAGUCUUCGUCUGAUCAUAGAAUGACUCCCUUAGACAGUGUUCUAAAUCCAAACCCCAAAUCUCUGCUGGAGAAGCAGAUUCCAGGGCUACAGUAUUCCUCUAUUGCCUCAGACUUUCGUUGUGCAGAUGAUAUGUCAGAGUGCUGUGUUUACGGUGAUGUAAAUAGUACUAGAAUAUCCACUUGAGAGUUUGAGACCUGAUUUUCAUGUUAGCUUUCUUUUCCAGAAGACGUUUUGAGUAAUUUAUAGGUAUUUCUCAUAAGUGAUUUGCAUUAUUUAUCUUCAUUAAAAGUCACCAUUUGAAACUUAAGUUAGAUUGAAUUAAAUAGAACCAAUUUCUGGUCUCAGGCUGUCAACCUGAUAAUCUUUACAGUGCUCUCUCAGCCAAUGCAGUGAAUUCCUGACCAAAAUUUUGAAUCAUUUUGAGCAUUAAAUAAUGCAUUGUUCAGCUGGUUCUGGAUUAUGGUUGGUAUAGUGUGUUUUAUUGAUUGCCCACAUGCUUGAUAACUCGAAAAGAUCCCAAUUGACGUGAGAAUCACCGUAUUCAAAAGUAUUUUUUAUAACCUUGUGGAAAUGUACAGAAUUUUGGGCUCGUCGUGGUAGCCCAGAAUCAGCUCAAGCCAUAAUACUCUAAUUUAAGCCAGAUUCCACCCAAGGAUAAAUGGCUACAGUACACUUAACAGAUUCAUAUUGGUGCAUAUGAAGUCCUCUAACAGACAGUGACCAGCCUUGUUAAUUCCUCAUUAGUGAUAACAUUUAUAGAGAUACCACCACCUUAAGUUGAAACAGAUUGUUGUUGAAAUUAUGCAAGAAUUAAGUGAUUUUUAUUGAAUGCUAUGGAUGUGUUAAGCUUGGUGGUAUCUUCCUGGAGAUGACUGAAGGACCCACGACCUAGUAAUAGAAAAUGAGUCGUGGCCAUGAACAGAGAAACAGAGUUGAGCGAGGCUCUCCUGGUGAAACGGAUAUAAUUAUUGACUAGUCUUUAAAGGGUUAACAUGGAAGUUACCCUGUGGUUUAUGAAUACAGUACUGGCUUGCACGCAGACUCUCAUGGGAUGGUUUACAUUCUUAUAUUUAUCUGUAAAUAAGACAGUUCACUUCUUGCUCAUAUAGGUAGACUUUUUUUUUUUU